GGAGCGUGGUUGCAGGCUUGGCUUUGUAGAGGAGCUGGUGCCAGUGUUUUCGUGUGCUGUGCUGUGAGCGCUGCUGCGAGGAGCUGUGAGGGUGGCCGUCGGCGAGCCGGGAAGACACAACAUGAAGGCAGUGACCUAUGAUGAUGUGCAUGUUGACUUCAGUUGGGAAGAGUGGAAGUUGCUGGAUCCUUUCCAGAAGAAUCUCUACAAAGAUGUGAUGCUGGAGACCUACAGGAACCUCACUGCCAUAGGAUACAGUUGGGAAGACCAUAAUAUUGAGGAACAUUGUCAAAGUUCUCAAAGACAUGGAAGGCAUGAAAGAAGUCAUAUGGGAGAGAAACCUUCUGUAUAUACUCAGUGUGUUAAAGCCUUUGCAUAUGACAGUCAUCUUCAAAGGCAUGAAAGCACACAUGCUGGAGAAAAACCCUAUAAAUCUAGCCAAUGUGGUAAAGCCUUUGCAUGUGAUAGACAUCUUCAAAUGCAUAAAAGAACAAAUGCUGGAGAAAAGCCCUAUGAAUGUAAUGAAUGUGGUAAAACCUUCGCACAACGCUAUCUUCUCCAAAAACAUAAAAGAAGAACACAUCAUAAAAGAAGAACUGACGAGAAACUCUAUGAAUGUCAUCAUUGUGGUAAAGCCUUUAAAUCUCCUAAUUAUCUUCAAAUACAUAAAAGAACGCAUACUGGGUUUAUCCAGAGAUGCCAGAAUGCAGUGACCUAUGAUGAUGUGCAUGUUGACUUCACUUGGGAAGAGUGGACAUUGCUGGAUCCUUCCCAGAAGAAUCUCUACAAAGAUGUGAUGCUGGACACCUACAGGAACCUCACUACCAUAGGAUACAGCUGGGAAGACCAUAAUAUUGAAGAACAUUUUGAAAAUUCCAGAAGACAAGAAAGGCCUGAACGAAAUCAUACUGGAGAGAAACCUUCUGUAUGUAGUCAGUAUGUUAAAGUCUUUGCUUAUGACAGACAUCUUCAAAGGCAUGAAAGCACACAUUUUGGAGAGAAACUGUAUGAAGUUAGUCUAUGUGGUAGAGCCUGUGAACGUGAUAGAGAUCAUCAAAUGAAGGAAAGAGCACAGACUGAAGAGAAACUUUAUGCAUAUAAUCCAUGCGGUGGAGCCUUUACUCCUCACAGUCAUCUCCGAAGGCAUGAAAGAACACAAACUGAAGAGAAGCCCUAUGGAUGUGAUCAAUGUGGUAAAGCCUUUGCACAUCCUAGAAAUCUUCAAAUACAUAAAAAAACACAUAGUGGAGAGAAACCCUAUAUAUGCGAUCAGUGUGGUAAAGCCUUUGCACAUCAUAGAAAUCUUCAGUUACAUAAAAGAAUACAUACAGGAGAGAAACCCUAUGGAUGUGAUCAAUGUGGUAAAGCCUUUGCACAUCAUAGUAAUCUUCAAAUACAUAAAAGAAUACAUACUGGAGAGAAGCCCUAUGGAUGUGAUCAGUGUGGUAAAGCCUUUGCACAUCCUAGAAAUCUUCAAGUACAUAAAAGAACACAUACUGGAGAGAAACCCUAUGAAUGCAAUCAAUGCACUAAAGCCUUUGCACAGCAAAGUCAUCUUAAAUGCCAUAAAAGAACACAUACUGGAGAGAGACCAUAUGAAUGUAAUCAAUGUGGUAAAGCCUUUACAUGUCACAGUAGUCUUCAAAUACAUAAAAGAAUACAUACUGGAGAGAAACCCUAUGAAUGUAACCAAUGUGAAAAAGCAUUUGCUGAUUUCAAAUCUUUUCAAAUUCAUAAAAGAAGCCAUACUGGAGAGAAACCAUAUGAAUGCAAUCAAUGUGGUAAAGCCUUUACACAACACACUAAUCUUCAAACGCAUAGAAGAAGACAUACUGGAGAGAAACCCUAUGAAUGUAGUCAAUGUGGUAAAGCUUUUGCAUGUCACAGUAGUCUUCAGAUACAUAAAAGAACACAUACUGGGGAGAAACCCUAUGAAUGCAAUCAGUGUGCUAAAACCUUUGCACAAAUUGGUCACCUCCAAACACAUAAAAGAACACAUACUGGAGAGAAACCCUAUGAAUGUAAUCAGUGUGGUAAAGCCUUCACUUCUCACAAUGCUCUUCAAAUGCAUAAAAGAACACAUACUGGAGAGAAACCCUAUGAAUGUAAUCAAUGUGGUAAAGCCUUUACGCAACAUGGUAAUCUUCAAACACACAGAAGAAGACAUACAGGAGAGAAACCCUAUUAAUAUAAUCAAUAUCAUAAAGCCUUUGAAUGUCACAGUAAUCCUCAAAUGUGUACAAGAACACAUACUUGAGAGAAACCCUAUGAGUGUAAUCAAGUGGUAAGGCAUUUCCUCACCAUAAUGGUCUUCAGCUACAUGAGGGAACACAUACUGGAGAGAAACCCUAUGAAUCAGUGUUGUAAAGCCUUUGCAUUGAUCAGCAGUCUUUGAACUUAUCAGAAAAAGAUGUACUGCGGAUAAACCCUAAAUAUAUAGUCAGUGUGGCAAAAUUGUGCAGUUUAUACAGGAGUAAACCUGUUUGUGUGCAAUCAAUCUA